AAGUCGAGUACCAACAUUAGUAACUUACUCUAAAUGGCCAGCACUCUGAAUUGGAGAUUGAAACGUUAUGGACGACUUAUUCCAGUCUCGGGUAAAACCGGCAAGAGGGAAUCCUGGAAAAUAUUUGAAGCAAAAAAGAAUGAGCCUGAAAUUAUCGCCACCAUCGUGGACUCUGGAUACCUGAUGGUCUUGCAGGGACAGGAAUGCUUGGAGACAAUUCCUCUGAUUAAUGCCAGCGAUGUUUUCAAAGUCCACCAGAAAUCAGACAACCUGCUGCUUCGCAAUACUGUGAAGGGAUCGGGCCGCGUGAUCAGGAUGCAGUUUGACGGCAAGAACAAGGCACAGGCCAUCAAAGAGUGCUCAAGUGCUGCAGAAAAACUCCGGGAGUAUCUGCCUGUCAACACUCUCGAUGAUGCGCUGCCGCCACCAAAUAAUCAGCCACCCACUGAUGUCCCUGCGCCGAUGACACAGCCGUGUCCACAGCAGGGUGAGGCCGCUGGAGGCGAACCAGAGGUUGCCCAUGGAUCACUGUCCAUCAAGCGUCUUGCCCAGAACCUCUUGGGAGAGAUGCCUCUGGCAUUACCUGGGCUGUACCGUCACGCAUCUUCAGAACUUGGAGACCUGGACGCCUUCGUGCGCAUAUGUCUGUUGGAUCCCAGCUUCCCCGCUUUGGUGGAGCAGGUGCAAGGCGAGCUGAGGAAAAUACUCGAGGAGUGAAUCAUCAUUGACAACUGCUAGGCAGAGAGGAGGUCAAGUCAACGCUGCGCUUUUGUGUUUGUUUGCUGUUUUUCCCACGCCGUUCCCUACGUAGGAGUUCACUCGCUUUGCGCUGCCAAUGUCAACAGCGUCGUGGUUAUAUAUUAGCACGUACGGCAUUUCAGAUUUUUGAUUAGAUUAACGCAGCUUGAACAAAACUCAAUUCCGUUUUUUUUUUUGUUUUUUGUUAUU